AUGGAAGAAUUCAACAAGAAAGCCAAAGCGCAAGAGGAUUUGGGGAAGAAAAUUCAAACUCUCCUAACCAACGCGAGGAAAGACCUAGCAAAAAGAAAAACCCAGAAUUGGCGAUCCAAAAGAGCAGAGCAACUCCAAGAAUUUUGGAAUGAGAUUCAGCGAAAUCAUGAAGAAUUGAAGAUACUAGGGCCCACCCUCAGAACUACCCACGAUUAUUUCGAAGUGAAUUAUUUUGAUCAGCUAAAAGCGUUGCACGAAGAUGCGAAGAAAUAUCUCGAAUCAGUUGAGACGUCGCCCGACGUCGAUAUGGAGCAAGAAGCCCGCAUCCGACGUCAAUUGUUCAGAUUGCAAAAAAUCUCCACCGCGCUGACCAAGAUAAAGAGCGAUUGGAGAAGCAUCAUGGAGCUGCAUGAAGAAAUCCACGUCCAUGAAAGGGAAUUCGAAGACAAAUAUUUUGCCGACGAAAUGUACGAGAAGACUGAAGAGAAGUCCGAGGUUGUGGUCGAAAAACUGAAAGAAAAAAUCCAGUCACCGUCCGCCCAUCAACAGGAGAAACCAAACAUCCAAUUACCCCAAAUUAAGUUUCCAACGUUUAGCGGAAAUUAUGAAGAUUGGCCCACUUUUCACGAUCUAUUCAGCAAAGUCAUUCACAAAAAUACAUCGCUCUCCAACAUUGAAAAGAUGCAGUAUCUGAAGACGUACAUCAAAGAUGAACCCAGCAGAGUCAUCCAACAUCUUCAGAUAACGGAAAAUAAUUACGAAACUGCAUGGAAGCUGUUGGCAAAAAGAUUCAGCAAUCCAAGAAUACAGGAAGAAUCAUCAGAAAAGCUGAAAAAAUUACAUGACACGACAAAAGAAUGUCUAGAAGCAUUAAACAAUUUAGACAUUCAGACCGACACGUGGGGACCAAUACUCACCAAAAUAGUCUCUCAAAAAUGGGACACAGAAACAAAUAGGCUGUAUGAACAGUCAUUGACCAAACCACACGAUAUGCAAGAAUUCGAGAAGAUGAUGGAACAAGAAAAGAAAAUCGUCAAGCUGCAAAAGGAAAACUGUCGCAAGACCAAAACAAAAUUCACCGACACUUCGAAAAAUGGCAUCAGUUCCAGUCACACCCAAACCAACCACACAAUGCCGGUGGUGGCAAAUUUGGCUCCACCAAAAAUGCACCAACAGUUAAUACCAAUAAAAGAAGCCAUGGUUCAGGCUUAA